AUGCCAACCAUUCACCAAUUCACUAAUACAUCAAGCUUAUCACAAUCUUCAAAUCAAGAUGAACACAUCAAGAAAUUCGAUCAAAAUUCGUUACAAAAUUUACAACUGGAAAUUAACUUAUUAAAAAAGUUUGAAUCAAUACCAUCUCAAAAUACAACUUAUGAAGGAAUAGGUUAUAUAAAAUCAUCAAAUUAUUAUAUAAUAUCAAAUAAAGAAAUUUUAAUAAAUUUAAAAUCAACAUUAAAGAACUUGGAUUUUAACAAAAUUGAUUUAAUUGGAUUAACAAAUUUUUAUAAUGAUUCAAUAGUCUAUUAUUUAUCAUCAAUUUUAAAUGUUUCAAUUACCGAAAUUUUAAAUUCAUUAAAUUAUAUAUCUCCAAAACAAUUAAUUAUUUUAAAUUUAAUUAGUAAUGGUAAUAAUGAAUUAAAUUUUAAUUAUAAUAAUAUUUUAAAUUUUCAAAAAUUUAAUGGUUUAAAAGGUAUGACAAAAGAAAUUUAUCAACAAUUAAAAUGUUUAGUUAGAUUUGAUGAAGGUUUAUUAAUUAUUGUUUUAUGUUUAUUUACUAAUUGGAAAGAUGAAAAUUCAUUAUAUCAAGUUAUUAUUGAAAAUGAGAUUUAUGAUCUUCAAGAUAAUCAAAAUGUUAUAGAAAAUGGUGAUGUGAAAAAAAAUGACAAUUUAAAGAAAGAGAAUGAAAAUUGUGAAUUUGAUUGUAUUAAUUUACUUAAAAAAUUGAAUAUUACUUGUACUGAUCAUUUACAAUGUCCAUUAUUUAUACCAAUUGAUAAAUUUGAAGUAAAUGAUGCUGAGGAGAAUGAGGAGAAAACAAUAAUUGAGGAGACAAAUGAGGAUAAAAAUGAGGAUAAAUCAAUAAUUAAUACUGAAGAAACUGAGGAUAAAACAUUAACUCUAGAAGAUGUAAGCUCAGAUCAAGUUAAAAAUGGAAUUAAAAUUCAAAAUAAAUUGGAAUCAACACCAGCAGUUUCUAAUCAAUCAAAUAAUGAAACCAAUGGAAAUGGACUUAAUAACAAUAAAUCUAGUAAAACAUCUUCCUCAACAGAUGAAGAAAAUAAUGAAAAUAAUUCAUCAGAAGAUUUGUCAGAUUCAGAUCAUGAAUAUUUUAAUUUAUUAGAUUCAUUAGCUGAUUUAUUCCCCAAAUUCUCAAAAUCAGAAUUAAAAAUAAGAUUAAAUUCAACUAAAAAUUUUGAUGAAUUAAUUGAAGAAUUAUUUAUUGAAACUGAAUCUAGAGAUAUUUUAGAAGAAGAAGAAGAAGAGCAAGAAGAACAACAACAACAACAACAAGAAGAAGAGACUAUCAAAUCAAAUCAAUCAUCAAAAGAAUCAUUAAUAAUUAAUCCAGGAGAUUCAUUAUCUAAAGAUGUUUAUUUUUUAAAAGAAUUAUUUCCACAAAUUGAAUUAAAGAUUAUAGAUUUUGUAUUAAAACAAAAUAAUGGAGAUAUUAAUGAAACUUCAAAUUCUUUAUUAACUAAUCCAAAUCCAAAUAUUGAUGAAACAAUUGAGGAUCAACAACAAGUUCAAAAUAAACGACAAGAUCAAAAUCAAACUCAAAAUCAAAAUCAAUGGUUUCAAGUUUCAAAUUUAGUUGAUCGUAUUAAAAAAAUUUUAAAUAUAGAAACUAAUAUAAGUAAUAAUGAAAAUAAUGAUGAAAAUAAAGAUCCAGAUACAGAAUCUUUAAAAUUAUAUUUAAAUGAAGAAGAUAUUAUUCAUCAUAUUAGAAAAUCUCAAAAUGUUUAUUAUGAUGCAUUAAUUGGUAUAAUUAAUGAAUGUCAACCAAAAAUUAAAAAAUCAAUUCAAAUAGUUCCGAAAUCUAAUGGUAGUAGUAGAGUUCAAAGAGGUGGGAUUUCAAGAACUUUAAAUUCCAAAAUAAAACCUUCAACUACAACAACAACAAAAUUAGUUUCAUCAACUUAUAAAUAUAAUCCAAAUUUACCCGAAGUUUUAGAUUUAUGGCAUAUUUAUUCAACAAAUAAAUCAUUACAAUUUUUAAAUAAGGAAUUUUUAAUAAAAGCAUUAGAAUUUUUUCAAGGAAAUUGUGAAAAAGUUAUUGAAUUAGCUUUUGAAUUAAAUGAAAAUAAACCAGAUUCUUUAAGUUCUGCAUUUAAAAAGAAUGGGAAAUCUAAAGUUACAAAAUCUAUUCCAAUUAUACCUAAUACUACUAUGUCAUUUACUCCAUAUGUUGAAAAUUCAAAUAAUUCCUUAAAUCAAAAUUUUGAAAAGUAUAAUACUAAAAGAAGAAGAUCAUCUGGAUCAAAUUCACAAUUAUCAUCAACAACAUCAACUUCAACAUCAUCAUUAAAUUCAAUACAAUUAGAAAGGUAUAACAAUUAUCUACAAAAUUCAGAAUUAGAUUUACAUAGAUUAACAUCAAUAGAAUCAUUACAAUUAAUAAAAUUUACUUUAAAAAAUUGGUGGUCAACUGAGUUGAAGCUUCGAAUAGAAGAUGGUAAAUUAAAUAAAUAUGGUUCAAUUAUAAAAUUUAUUGAUCCUUUAUUAAUUAUAACUGGUAGAGGUAUACAUUCAAUAAAUGGUCAAAGUAUUAUUAGAAAAUUUGUUAAAGAUUAUUUAUUUAAAAAUAAAUUUAUAUUUGAUGAAGAAUUAGGUAUAUUUUUUGUAAAAGGUAAAAAGAGUUAA